AGCUCGCAUCCGAGCGAAUGCAAUCUAGUCAACUCCUUCCUCGAGCUCUGUAAUCUGCUUUCUUUUCUUGACAAGAACUACCACUGCAACAUAGAUCUACUGUCAUUUCAAGCCGCGGUGCAGGACUGAAGUCUUCAAGUUGCCGGACGCGCUCAAUACUCUUCACGGAUUGAUGAGCAAUGCGGGGCAGCACCUUCUCUCUGGAGCCAUUUCCGGCCUGGCCUCUACCAUAACAUUGCAGCCGCUUGACCUGCUGAAGACGCGCAUGCAGCAGGGGGAUGGGAGGGUGUCAACAUCACGCCAUACAGGUACAGUUGUCUCACUUGUACGCGACAUCGUGCGUACAGACGGCGUACUUGGACUAUGGCGAGGAACGGCGCCAACACUUUUGCGUAACGUCCCCGGUGUCGCGCUCUACUUCGCCGGCAUGAACCAAAUACGUACAACGCUUGCUACGACCGCCUACUUCGCCGCCGGGUCAGAGCGUACAAGUUCAGGCUCAGUCCUCCCAAAAUUGAACAAGCAGGGAAACCUUCUCGCCGGAGCCUUUACUCGCGUGGCGGUCGGCGCGCUACUGAACCCGUUCACCGUGCUGAAAGCUCGGUACGAGAGCAAACUUUACCAGUACAGCAGCAUGACUAGCGCGAUAGGCUCCUUGACACGCGCAGGGCCGUCUGAGCUCUUUCGUGGCGUAGUCGCUACCUCUCUCCGCGAUGCUCCGUAUGCGGGGCUUUUCGUCCUCUGUUACGAACAGCUGAAGCAUGAAUUAUCAAUCCUUGCAUCGCCUACCUCAUCAGCGCAGUCCGGAAUUGUGCACGGGUUGUCAGCUGCAACCUCAGGCGCCCUCGCGACGCUGGCUACUCAUCCGCUGGACGUCGUGAAGACAAAGAUGCAAGUCCGCACCGAUGCGAAAUACCAAGGUUUCAAUCGGAGCAUUCUUACGAUCCAACGGGAGCGCGGGCUACUCGGAUUCUUCGAUGGUGCUCUCCUCAGGCUCUCGCGCAAGCCAUUAAAUUCGGCGAUUGCAUGGGCGACAUACGAAGCUGUCUUGAUGUUCAUGCGGAGUGCGUAAACCAGGGGAGUUGGGACUGUGCACGAUGCGAGUAUGAUGGUAGUACGACACCGAUGGAUGAGUCGCACGUACAUAUCGUCGCAGCAAUGUUUCUCAUACUGUGGCCUCCCC